AGGAAGCCUUCUUGUUCAGUUGAUUGAAUAGUUGAACAAAGGCAUUAACAAAAUGUUGCGUCUGGUUUCUGUCACAUGUAUGAAUCAGUCUUGCAUGUUUUGGUGUUAAAAAGGCCAUAAUGGUCUACAUUUUAAAUGUGACAUGAAAAAAUAUUGUUAUUGAAUACAGCCAUUGUACAUGGUAAUUAAAAAGUUGAGAGGCAUAGAGUGUUUAUUAUAAUGAAUAUUUAUAUUAGAAUUGGAUAUCUGUGGGGAAGGCAAAUAACCUGAAGGAUUAGUUGGAAGGUAGGCUGUGAAAUGAUUACAUUAAACUACUCUUAAAUGAAAGGUUGGUAUUACUUAACCAUCUCCUAAUUCUCAAUCAUUCUUUUGGGUUCACACAAUAAAAUUAUUGGCACAAAUGCACUACUUAAACUCCCACACUGAGCACAGGUUCUAUGCAUUUCAUGUCAUUUUGAGCAAACAAGUGCAGCUCCAAGAAUGGUUGGCCGCCCAGAUUUAUCUGUACCUUCUGUCGCAACCAAAACUGCCAUUAAUAGAAACCAAGAAGCAGACAAGGGCAGUAACCAGCGGGCAGGAGGUAUUGAUGCAAUGCUAAUGCCUCCUAAAAUAGCCAAGGCAGUGUCUCCAGUUUCAGCAGCUGAUGGGGAAACUAUCAGGCGGCCACGUGGUAGGCCGGCAGGCUCAAAAAACAAGCCAAAGCCACCAAUUAUCGUCACCAGAGACAGUGCCAAUGCGCUGCGUGCACAUGCAAUGGAGGUGAGUUCAGGUUGUGAUGUAAGUCAGAGUUUGGCAAACUUUGUGAGAAGCAAGCAACGUGGGAUUUGCAUACUAAGUGGAACCGGUUGUGUGACAAAUGUUACAGUCCGGCAACCAGCUUCCUCCGGGGCAAUUGUUACCCUUCAUGGGCGGUUUGAGAUAUUAUCACUGCUGGGAUCAAUCCUUCCCCCACCGGCACCACCAGGAAUCACGGGGCUAACAAUUUACUUAGCCGGGGCUCAGGGACAGGUUGUGGGUGGGGCUGUUGUUGGUUCAUUAAUUGCUUCAGGCCCUGUGGUGAUCAUGGUUGCUUCUUUCAUGAAUGCUACUUUUGAUCGUCUUCCAUUAGAUGAUGAUGAAGUUGAUGCUGCAGCCAUGCAGAAUCAGCAUUGCCAAAAUGGCCGUCAUCACCACCUGGAUAUAUCCGAUUUGUAUGGGAUGCCACAAAACUUGCUUACAAACGGUAAUCUGCCUCCUGAGAUUUAUCCAUGGGCACCUGGGCGAACCAUGUCAAAAACCUAGAAUGGUUAGCACUUAGCAGCAGUGCGUGAAUUUGAGUCUCAUGUCCUAGGCUCCAAAUGUUUGUGUUAUCUCCUCACUACUGUUAAGCUUCUGUCAGGCAUUGUUUAUUAUUACAAUUAUUUUUUUCUCUAUUCCUUCAAUUGAGUAACCAGAUUAUGUACUGGUUCUUUC